AUGUAUUCUGUUGGCCUACAACCUUCCCUCGAGCUUAUCUCAAGCAAUCUCACAUCUUGGCCUGUGAUAUGUCUUGCCGGUGUCUUGGCUGGGUGGUUGUAUGUCUCCGCUCACGAACGAGCGCAGGAGGACGCACCGGUCAGCCUGCCAGGAUAUAGACUGUCUAGCAUCAUCCCGUUCUUUCGCCAGCGUUAUGACUUUCUCAACUGGGGCUUCCGCUUCACUGAGGAGCCUAUUUUUCAAUUCAGCCUCUUACGGAAUCCUGUCGUUGUAGUCUCCGGCGAACGGGGCAGGAAAGACUUUUUCAACGCAAAGGGUUUGGACCUCCAAGAAGGGUUCAGAGUGUUGUCGGGCGCACUCCCCUUCGUCCAAGGUGUGACCUCAGAUCUGCGGCAACGCAGAAUAGCGCAGAUCUACAAACGCUUAGCAACUGUUCAGAGGAACGAUCGUUUGACAGAGCUCAUACCUGAAAUCUUGGAGGAUUCUCGGCGAAUCAUGGGGUCCUGGGGGAAAAGCGGGACCUUUGAUCCAUUCGACAGAAUUUACGAACUUGUGUUCCAGACGACUGUGCGUUGCCUGACUUGCGCGGAAAUUGCUAACGACCCUGUGGUCGUCGCCCGCCUCAAGGAGCUAUACGACAGGGUCGAUCGCGGCACCACGCCUGCAACGGUCCUUUUCCCUUGGUUUCCCAGCCCAGCCAUGAUCAUGAAGUUCCGUGCUACUAAGGAAAUAUACGACAUCGUUGUCGCGACAAUCAAGGUCAGGAAAGAGAGCGGUGUGUCACGUAAUGAUAGCCUUCAGAUGCUCCUGGAUUCCGGCGACGAGCCUUCUAUGAUUGUUGGCUUCAUAAUGGGGCUUCUCAUCGCUGGAGCGCGCUCGACUGGCACAAUCGCGUCUUGGAUGAUCACGCUCCUCGGGUGUCACCCAGAAUGGCGACACAAGGCUCUUCUUGAAGUGCAGGCCCUUCUCUCAACUCACUCGAUAAACAACGACCCACUGAACUCCACACCAACUACACAAGCCACGCUCCUUUCCACCAUUCCCCUUACUGUUUGGGAAUCCGAGAUGCCAGUGCUCGAUUCCCUCAUCCGCGAGACGCUCCGCAUGGCACAACCGCACGUCGCUAUGCGUCGUAAUGUGGGGCCGGACAUGUACAUAGGCGGAAAGUCUGUGCCAUCCGGUGCAUUCGCGAUUUAUCCCUUCAGCGACGUCCACCUCAACCCUGAUAUUUACCCUGACCCCUGGAAGUUUGACCCUGCGCGCGCAGAGGGCAAGGGGGACUUUGGAUACAUCGGAUGGGGCGGAGGGCGAGUCAACUGUCUCGGAACUCGUCUGGCCAAGGUCGAGAUGAAACUGAUCACUGCAAUGCUCCUACUGGAAUUUGACUUCAACACCGUUGACGCUGGUGGACGGAUUGCGGACCCACAUCCUCGCCCCAACUGGAACGACACUCUUUCAUGUCGGCCCUCCAACGGCUCCUACUUCCUAAAGUAUGAACAUCUUGCUUCCCGUGCUCUCUGA